GGCAAGACUCCUUCCAGCUUCAACAACUGUUAACAGAAUCACUAAGAGCAAGACGCAGGAUGUGUUUUGGGGAUCAACGAGGGAAAGAAUUUCUGUUGUUCAGUCAAGGACAAGAUUCAAGUUUGCCAACACAAGUGAAGGGCAAAGGCAGAGAGGAAGGAUUGGUCCUAUGAUGCCUGUGGCCAGUGGAAUCAGCCCAUAUGCUCAGUGAAAGCAGUCAAAGGUAACAAGUGAUAGGACAAGAGGAAAUGGCCUCAAGUUGUUCCAGAAAAAAAACCUCUUCACAGAAAAAGUGGUCAAGAAUUGAAACAGGCUGCCCACAGAAGUGAUGGAGUCACCAUCCUUGGAGGAAUUUGGGCCACAGAGAAAAAAAUUGAAUAUGAUGAAGAACGAAGAAACAAGUUUUAAUGUGGACAAUACCCGAGCCUCUCCCUUCUCCCUCUGCCUGCAGCCGCUCAGCCCCGUUACAAAGCCACACAGAGCAAUGCAAUUUGAUGAAGAAUUCAGAACACACCUCUCACAUUUCCGCUAUGGUCCUCCUCCUCUUGAAAACAUGGAAACAUUGCAGGGGUCCUUGGAAGGAAGGUCUCGCAAACGUAAGAGCAUGCCAACAAAAAUGCCUCCUCCCAUCACCCUUGAAGAUUCCUCAUCAUCACCAGAUCGACCUGAGGAUCACGACAUGGGCUCUUCCAGUCUCCCCUUGGUGUUCCAACAGCCAGCUCAGCCCAAGUACAGUUCCCAGAUGAUUGACCUCUGCAACUUUGGUUUUCAAUUCUACAGAACUCUGGAGCAUUUUGGAGCCAAGCCCAUUAAGCAAGAACCAGUGAAGCCUAAUAUGGCAUGGCCCAGUAGCCCAGCAUUCAUGCAGGGUCCUUACCCUUAUUAUCCUAAAGUCCAUCCUGGCUUAAUGUUUCCUUUCAUUGUACCACCAAACUUUCAUUUCAGGAACCCUUUUCAAAUGAAAAGACCUACAGAAUCACCCUUCAGGAGGACUGAAGUUAGAGAAAGUGGUGAAAACAAACAGAAAGUGGAAAGAGUAGAUGUCAACCUUCAGAUAGAUGACAGCUACUAUGUUGAUGUGGGGGGUGAACAGAAACGCUGGCAAUGUCCCAUGUGUGAGAAGUCCUAUACAUCCAAGUACAAUUUGGUCACCCAUAUUUUGGGUCACAGUGGCAUUAAACCACAUGCUUGCACCCGAUGUGGCAAGCUUUUCAAGCAGCUGAGCCACUUGCACACGCAUAUGUUGACACACCAGGGCACUCGGCCACAUAAGUGCCAGGUGUGCCACAAGGCUUUCACUCAAACCAGUCACCUUAAGAGACACAUGAUGCAACACAGUGAUAUCAAACCUUACAACUGCAGGAUCUGUGGCAGGGGUUUUGCCUACCCCAGUGAGCUGAAAGCGCACGAGUCUAAGCAUGAGAGUGGACGAGAGAACAUUUGUGUGGAGUGUGGUCUGGACUUUCCAACUCUGGCCCAGCUGAAGAGACACCUAACCACCCACCGUGGCCCUAUACAGUACAAUUGCACCGAGUGUGAUAAGACCUUCCAGUACCCAAGUCAGCUGCAAAACCACAUGAUGAAGCACAAAGACAUCCGCCCAUACAUCUGCACUGAAUGUGGCAUGGAGUUUGUGCAGCCCCACCACCUGAAGCAACACUCCCUGACUCACAAGGGUGUGAAAGAGCACAAAUGUGGAAUUUGUGGCCGGGAAUUUACUCUGCUGGCCAACAUGAAGCGACAUGUCCUGAUCCACACCAAUAUCAGAGCCUAUCAAUGCCAUUUGUGCUUCAAGAGCUUUGUGCAAAAGCAGACUCUCAAGGCCCACAUGAUUGUUCACUCUGAUGUCAAACCCUUUAAAUGCAAACUGUGUGGAAAGGAGUUUAACAGAAUGCACAAUUUAAUGGGACACAUGCACUUGCACUCAGAUAGUAAGCCGUUUAAGUGCCUCUACUGUCCCAGCAAAUUCACCUUGAAGGGGAACCUAACCAGGCACAUGAAAGUCAAACAUGGGGUCAUGGAAAGAGGAUUUCACUCUCAAGGUUUUGGAAGAGGAAGGAUUGCUCUGUCCCAGACAAAUGUCUUGAGAAGCUUGGAACAGGAAGAGCCAUUUGAUCUUUCCCAGAAAAGCCAAGGGAAGGGAAUCUCAUUUCAUUCUGAUGGUGAGAGUGCCAAGGGAAGCUCAUGCCAGGAAGAAGAGGAAGACAACUGCUAUGAGGCAGAGCGAUACAGCCCUGCCACGUACCAUCAUGAUGACAACAAGCUGUACAUGGCUCAAGAUCUCUCUGGCAAACCUGGCUGCAUGAUGAAGGACUUCAGAGAGUCCUACUGCAAGGAGAAGGAAGAGGUGUUAAGUGAGGGAGGACUGGGGAAGAGAAUAGGAAAUUCAGACAAAGAGGAGAGACGUGGAGAGGGAGAGCUUGCAAACAACAAAGAACAUCUCAGCUUUAGAUCCUUUGAAAAGGCCAGACUUGGUCACUCUCUCUCUGAUUACUUGUAUUUCAAGCACAAGAACAAGAGUUUGAAAGAAUUGCUGGAAAGAAAGAUGGAAAAACAAACAGUGCUUAUAGGCAUUUAAAAUGGACAUUUUAAAACAGCUGGAAAAUGGUAACCAGGUAGAUUUUAACAUGAAUUGUAAGCUACUAAAGCCUGGAACUCUGUAGUAGUAUUUAGAAAUAAAUAAGCCAAAUUAUUAAAAAUAAUUUAGGGUAAAACACAUACUUUAAAAGAAUAAAGCAGCUUGAGGUCACCAAGAAAUGCAAUAGAUAUUGAAAAAUAACACUUUAAUAUUUAUCCGUUUAAAGUAUAACAGACAAUGGGUUGGGUACAGAAGUUUACUUCCUAUCAUAUGGGGAUAGAUACUUACAUGCAAUUUUCUACUUAGCAGAAAGCAACAUACUUUAGCAUCUGAUUUAUUAUCUGACUAAAUAUAUAUGAAAACUUCUAACCAUAUGCCUCAAAAAUAUCUGAAAAUACAAAGUAUUUCACAUUAUAAGCCAGAGUACUAUUAAACAUGGCAUGCAUGAAAAUGCUGUCAAUGUUCAGAACUAACACAGUCCAAAUGCUUUGAUUUACUGAAGUGAUUCUUAGUGCAACUACUUACAAUGAGAAAUGUGAAACAAAAUAAUAAGAAGAACUAAUGUCUGGGGAGGCAGUAAAGGACAGUUCUCUAAGGUUUUAAAAGGAAUUUAUUACAAAAGCUAGUUCUCUGGCACAAGGAAUAUUCGUGCUUUGCUGUGUUUCAUCCAGUAUGGGAGUGUUCAGAAUAUCUUGAAGUGAAAUAGCAUAGAUUGUGUUGACAUUUUGUUCUACUGCCUGCUUGGACCAACACAUGUACUGGGUGGCAUCAGCAUGCAGCAUUCACAAUCUUGCCAUAGUUACACAUAACACGGUAUGAGUCAUUCAAUUGAAAAAAUUAUGCAGCUUUACCAUUUAUCUCUUCAGUUUAUCAUUGCUAGUAAGGAUAAUUUUGGAAUACACAGAUCUGGUCAUUUUUUGUUUCAGAAGGUAAAAACCACCCUUACAGAACAAGAAGUACCUCACAGAGGAAAAUCUUCCUCUUAUUAAAGUCAGAAAACGUCUCUUAUUAAACACUUCUUGAGCAGUAAGUGGCAGGCCUUUCAGACAAAUUUCACUCAUGCUGUUUUUAUUGAGUCAAACUUAGCUUUUCAUCCUCUGAUUCCCCUACAGUUAUAAGCUUAUAACCAACAUGGGAAAAGCAUAUUCCAUUAAACAUUUCAUUAAUUACAUGAAUACUUUGAACAGCGUAUUAAUUCCUACAUCUUCAAGAAAGACGAAAAGCAGCCCUGCAUCAUCCUAUUGCUUACGUGGAAAUAAAAAUUCAAUUAAUCAUAAAAUUUGUCCUAUGUCCUUUGGACAUCCCAGCUCAAAAUGUUAAAAUCCAUAUAUAUGGUACAUCUCUUCCAAAUAUUACUGCAUUCUUCA